GCCAUUUCGGCUGCUUCGCAAGCUUGUCAUCUCCGCGAAGGCAAGCGAAACACGUCGCCGUUGCGACGCGCGCUUGCAGCCUACGCGCCCCAGCUACCGAACCGGCCGCCCGGCAACCGCGGGCUGCCGCAGGUAGCACAAAUAUGGCCGCAUUGGAAGCAGAGGCAGCCAAGCUCCUGGCGGCCCUCGACGCCGGCACGCAAUCGAUCGACGACGUCCUGGGGCGGUUGUAUGGCAAGGCGGCGAGCCCCGAUGUUCAGAUCCCCAAAGCUGCGCCUGGAAGCACGAUGGCUGUCGCACCGGAGUACGCGCUCGGGCCUUCGACUGAUCCCAUCGUCCAAGAAACAAUCGACUACGUCGGUCCGAAGAACCACUUCCCGUCCCUAGACAAGAAGUACGACCUCGUGGUCAUCGGCGCGGGCGUCGCCGGCCUGCUGAGCGUCAUUACGGCAAAGGCGUUGGGGAAGCGAGCUUUAUUGAUAGAAAAGCACUACAUGGGCGGCGACUGUUUGAACGUGGGCUGCGUGCCGUCCAAAUGUUUAGUUGCGGCGGCGAAGGCGCUGCAGAGCUGCCGGAAAGCGGCGAAACUUGGAGUCAUGGGCGCGGACAACGUGUCGAUCGACUUCCCGCGCGUGAUGAAAAGGAUGCGCGACAUUAGAGGUGGAAUAGCGCCGCACGACGGCGUCGCGAGGUAUGGGAGGGACUUCUGCGCGGCCGUCAUUAUAGGAGAGGCGGCGUUCGCGAGUGAGACCGAGGUCGUCAUCACGGCGCGCGACGGGUCUGGUAGAAAGCAGACCGUGGCAUUUGACCGGUGUAUGGUCGCGACGGGCGCGUCGGCGGCCGUGCCGCCGGCGCCCGGUUUACUGGAGACGCCGCACCUGACCAAUGGCAACUUUUUCAAUCUCGAGGCGCUGCCGCCUACACUAGGCUUGAUCGGCGCGGGGCCCAUUGGGUUGGAGAUGGCCCAGUCGUUGCAACGCUUUGGUUGUCAAGUGACGGUCUUCGAGAUGGCACCGCGAUUGCUCCCGCGCGAGGACGCCGACGCGGCAUCGGUUGUGGGCGAGUGUUUAGAGGAGGACGGCGUUUCCAUUCAUACUGGUUGUAGAGUGCUUUCUGUACAAGGCGGGCCGUUGGCGUACAAGGCGCCGUGGUCCGAGUACAAAGUGACGGCGCGGCUACAAGAUGGUUCGGAGAAAACGUUUACGUUCUCAGCUUUGUUAAAUGCGACGGGCCGCGCGCCGAACGUCACUGGAUUAGGUCUGGACAAGGCCAACGUGUCGUAUGAUGCGCGGAGCGGCGUGCACACGGACGACUUCUAUCGGACGUCGAAUCCAAAAAUCUAUGCGGCCGGCGACGUCGCAAGUGUCUACAAGUUCACGCACGCGGCCGACUGGCAGGCGCGGUGUGCGGUCCGGAACGCGUUUCUCGACGCCAAAUGUCAAAAAUCAAGACUACUGGUGCCGUGGUGCACGUACGUCGAGCCUGAAGUCGCCGCGGUCGGCGCCAGCGACAUGGACCUGGAGCAGGCGGGGAUUGCCUUCGAUACGUAUAUGCGCCACCUGAAGGAUGUCGACCGGUGCAAGUGCGACGGAAUUGAUAGAGGAUUCGUGAAGAUCCGCACUCAGAAGGGCGGCGAUAAGAUACUGGGCGCCUCAAUUGUUGCGCCGCACGCCGGCGACUUGAUUUCCGAGCUGACCGUGUGCAUGCAGAAUGGAGUGGGGUUGGCGGACCUGGCGGGGGUCAUGCACCCCUACCCGACGGCGGCCGAGAGCAUUCGGCAGUGCGCGGCGCAGUUCUGGUUCUCGCCCCAUUUCAAGACGGACGCGAAGGCGCUGGCGAUCACACGGCGCGGCGAGGCCGUCGCGAAGCGGGGGGCGUGAUCCGGCCUAAGAAGAGUUUUCCGUCG